AUGCAGUACCCAUUUUGUUUAAAAACCGUGAUUAGUAUAAUUGUAUUAUACUCAUGGAAUAUAAAAUCAGCUGAUAUCGCACAGUUUCAAAAACCCAGUACACCUCCAAAAUAUUUUGGAAUUGAUGUGGAUGGGACUUUUUUCGUAAAGGACGAAGCCGUUUUCAGAAAAAACAUUGAGGCCUUUAAGUUGUUAAAGAGCAAAAACAUUACACCUUUCUUUUGCACAGGUUCUGAUAGGUUUUCCAAUAAAAAAUUGCUCGGAGAUAGCUUCUUCACAGAAACUGGCUACGACGGUUUCCCUGGAAUAUAUGACAACGGGGCCUUAGUAUACGGUCCAGAUGGUAGUCUGAUUAAAAUUGAGAAGUUUUCUGAGGAGUUUCUUGACAAGAUUAAUGAACACAUGACAAACAACAAUAUUAAUUCGAGAGUUAUUUAUAUGAACGAAGAUAAGUUGUAUUCAGUUCAAAAACUAGAUGAUGAUGUAUUAAAUUAUCUCAAGUCGUUUAACUAUGAGCCAACACAAUCAACCUUUGAAGAAAUUAAGAAGAAGAACAUUGUAUCCAUUGGUUUCAACAGUGAUAAUUUUGAAAUAACUGGCCUAACCAAAGAUACAGACUAUAUUAUCAGUUUUGGUGAAGCAGGAGUAGCACAGUUAACACCUCCAGGAAUUAAUAAGAGAUCAGGCAUUGAGGCGUUACUAAAUCACUAUAAUUCCAAUGCCAAUGAAUGUGCAUAUAUAGGGGAUUCACAGAACGAUCACGAAGCCAUGGAGUUUUGUUAUGUAUCAUUUGCCGUAGGAAACGCCGAUGAUGAUACAAAACAAAAGGCAAAGUGGGUAUUAGAUUUAAACUAUGACAAGGGAGCUUUCGAAAAGGCUGUUAAACUAUUGACUGAUUCUUUGUGA